GCUGGGAGGGAAGAGCCUUCUGCACUCACAAGCAAAGGAAAGGCAGCAGGUCAGGGGCUUCCCGGAGCCAAGGUCAGAACCUGUCACCACGAAAGGUAAGCAUGGGAGGACGGAAGAUGGCAAGAGAUGAAGAAAACGCCUACGGGUCAGAAGAGGACACCCUUGCCUGGCAGGAGCCCCAGCUGAGGCUCCUCCUGGUGGGGAAAACCGGAGCAGGGAAAAGCGCCACCGGAAACAGCAUCCUGGGAGAGAGACGCUUCCUCUCCAGGCUUGGAGCCACCUCCGUGACCAAAACCUGUGAAGCCGCCAGCUGCAGGUGGGCCGAGCGGCACGUGCGAGUCAUCGACACCCCGGACCUUUUCGGCCCUGACCCCUCCAAGUCAGACGCAGAGUGCAGGGAGAGGGCGCGCUGCUACCUGCUGUCCGCCCCGGGGCCCCACGCGCUGCUCCUGGUGACCCAGCUGGGCCGCUUCACCGCCCAGGACCAGCAGGCUGUGCGGAGGCUGAAGCAGAUGUUCGGGGAGGCGGUGCUGCAGCACACCAUAGUCGUCUUCACCAGGAAGGAGGACUUGGCUGGGGACUCGCUGCAGGAGUUCGUGCGCUGCACUGACAACCGCGCGCUCAGGGAGCUGGUGGCGGCGUGCGGGGGCCGCUUCUGUGCGCUGGACAACCGAGCCAGCGGCACGGAGCAGCAGGUCCAGGUGCAGCAGCUGCUGGGGCUGGUGGAGCGCCUGGUGAGAGAGCACGGGGGCGCGCACUACACCAACGACCUGUACUGCCAGGCGCAGGCCCUUCGUGGGGUAGGCCCUGAGGAGCAGCUGCGCAGGAUGGCAAAGGAGGUGGCGGCCUGCACGCAGGUGCCCCGGGUGAACUGGCUGCUUGCCUGGCUCUGGCCUGGGCAGGAGGCCCGUAAGAGGACCUGGCGGCUGGGCCUGGCCGUGCUGCUGGGGGGCACCCUCCUGUUCUGGGUGCUGUGGUGGAGACAACGGGCAGAGGACCUGGCGCAGGUAGCCCCUGCCUGACCGGUCCAGCUGUGUGCUUCGCUUUCACAUGCAUUUUCCUCGCCGGGUGCUCUGCCCCUCAGGCCUGCACAGGUUCCUUGCCUCCUGGUUGGCAUGUUCUACCACCUGAGAGUCCUGCCAAGCCCCAUCUCCCACCUCACUGACCCCUACACACCCACCACCACCAGCCUGACGCAAGGAAGCCCCGAGACCUCUGGUACCUUUGCCUACUUCCCCCUUCCCCUCAGGCUGCUCUCCGCUAUCCUAGGGUUGGCUCCUCCCCUGAAAUCAGAGGAGGAGCGUCAGUCCUGUCCCCGCACACCCCACAGGACCCAGGAGAAACAGUGCCAAGCAGGUCUCAGUGCACACUUGUUCAUUCGGAUUCAACCUAUCUCCACAGUAAAUGUAUGGAUGGUCACAUUGUGUUGUUAAAGAUCAGUAUUUGUGGAUACGCCCACCUUAUAUCUGAGUGCACAGUUCAAGAUGUCAUCCCUGGGCCAUCAAGUGGAGUGAUGGUUGGGACGCUGGACUCCCACAUGGUGGACCUCAAUGGAGUUCCAGACCUGGAGUCUUGCUUUCUCACUUUCUCUCUCUGUCUCUCCCUUUCUGUCUGUCUCUGUUGAGCACAAGUGUCCUAUGUGAAUUUUUUAAAAAA